AUGAAACAAGUAAUAAUCUUCUGCAUACUUUUAACAUCUACGUUUGGUGCCAAACUAAACCAAUAUCUUCCUCCAAGACCUGAGAACAACAACGCAAAAUAUGAACCACCAGCACUUCCAAAUCAACCGUUUACCGCUGCUAGUCAUUCCCAGCAGCAAUUUUCUAGUCCAAAUGUUCACUUCAAUAGAAACGGUAAUCCUAAAAAUCAAGAUAUUUCUGCACAAGGUUCCAAUUCAUUUCAAAAGUUCCCAAAUCCCACAACUUUUAACGGUAACACACAAGGACAUCCAUCAAGCUUUGGUUUAAAAUCUACCAAUCAAGCACCAAACGCUGGAAGCGAUAACUCAUUCGCGCCAUCAUUUAACUCUUUUAACCAAAAAGCAGCACCGAAUGGUCAAUUUGGACAGUCAGAUUCAUUUUCAAAUAGUUUCAAUCAACCAUCCGGACAACGGCAAUACAAUGGUCAAUUUUCUGGUUCUCAAUCCGCUCCAAUCGGUUUAAUCAGAUCUGAAUUCAAUCCUGAUCUCGGAGAUGGCCAUUAUAGCUAUUCAUAUGAAACUGAAAAUGGAAUUUCUGCCCAAGAAGAAGGAUUUGUCCGAAACAAAGGUAAAUCUGCCCAAGGAGGAUUCUCUUAUACUUCUCCAGAAGGUGAACAGAUCACGCUCGAAUAUACUGCUGACGAAAACGGUUUCAUUCCAAAAGGAUCUCACGUUCCUGAAAUACCAGAAGCGAUCUUAAAAUCAAUUGAACUGAAUAAAGCUGCUGAAGCUCGUGGAGAAUACAAUGAAGGUUCCUAUAAACCCCAAGGAAAUGUAAACGGUGGGUAUCAAAGAAAUGGACCACGAGAACAGUCUGCAUUUCCUUCUCAAGAAAAUAGACAAAUAGCAUCUUUCUCAGGUCCGAAAUCUUUUGGAGCACAAAACAAUGGCUAUGAAUAUACAGGUCCAUUUAAAUCAAACAACGUUGCUAAUGAAGGCACAUUUGCGUCCCAGCAAAGCAACCAAGUAACGCCUUUUGGAGGCCAGCUGGGAUUCAAACCUUCUUUUGAGCAAAGUAAUCAAAAUACUUUCGCUACUCAACAAAACCAACGAGUAGCACAAUUUGGUCAGCAACAAGGACUUUUUGCAAAGACAAAUGAACGUAAACCUUCAUUCGGAUCUUCAAGUCAAUUUGGACAGCCAAAUAAAGCUUCUAAAGAUUUUAAUAAACAAAGCAAUGGUUAUAAAUACCCAGUUCCUGAACAGUCCGCUUUUUCUUCCCAACAAAACAAGCAAGUAAUCCCUUCUGGGCCUCAGUUUUCUCCAAGACCACAGUAUGGAGCACCUGAACAGUCAUCGUCAGCCAGUCAAAACCAUGGACAAUUUAGUUCAUUCCAAGGACCAAAAAGUCAAGUCCCGAAUUUUUCUGGAAAAAACGAGUUCAACAGUCAAUCAGCUUUCCAACCUAAAGAACCACAGAGCGGUACAUUUAAACAAUUUGGCACAAUUCAAGAUAGCAAUGGUGGUUACAAAUACUAG